GCUCGAGCUUCAACAUCCCCUGUCAUUCUUGUUGGCACUCAUUUAGAUGUUUCUGAUGAAAUGCAAUAUAAGGCUUGCAUGACUAAAAUUACUAGAGAGCUGUUGAAUAGGCGAGGCUUCCCAGCAAUCCAAGAUUAUCACUUUGUGAAUGCUACAGAAGAAUCCGAUUCCAUUAUGAGACUUCGGAAAAUCAUAAUAAAGGAGAGUCUUCACUUCAAGAUCAGAGAUCAGCCAGUGGUUGGUCAGCUAAUUCCUGACAGCUACCUGGAGCUGGAGAAGAGAAUUUUGCUGGAACGUAAAAAUGUCCCAGCUGAAUUUCCUGUGAUUGAUCAGAAACGCUUACUGGAACUGGUACAAGAAAGCCAGUUACAGUUGGAUGAAAAUGAACUCUCUCAUGCGAUUCACUUUCUGAAUGAAUCAGGUGUACUCCUUCAUUUUCAAGAUCCAGCACUACAGUUAAGAGAUCUGUAUUUUGUAGAUCCUAAGUGGCUAUGUAAAAUCAUGGCACAGAUUCUGACGGUGAAAGUGGAAGGCUUUUCUAAAUAUCCUAAGGGAAUUGUAAAGCGUUCAGAUGUGGAAAAAUUCCUUUUAAAGAAGAGCAAGUUUCCUAAGAUCUACAUGUCACAAUACUUCAAGCUUCUGGAAAAGUUUCAGAUUGCUUUGCCAUUAGGAGAGGAUCAGCUGCUAAUCCCAAGCAGUUUGUCUGAUCACAGACCUGUUAUAGAACUUCCCCACUGUGAAAAUUCAGAAAUUAUCAUCAGGCUUUAUGAGAUGCCAUACUUUCCUAUGGGAUUUUGGUCCAGGCUGAUCAACAGGUUGCUUGAAAUAUCACCUUACAUGCUGUCAGGAAGAGAACGAGCUCUUCGUCCUAAUAGAAUGUAUUGGAGACAAGGCAUCUACUUGAACUGGUCUCCUGAAGCUUAUUGUCUUGUGGAAUCAGCAGUAUUUGACAACAACCCAGACAGUUUUUUGAAAAUUACGGCACCUUCUUGCAGAAAAGGGUGCAUCCUUUUGGGGCAAGUUGUGGAUCACAUAGAUUCUCUUAUGGAAGAAUGGUUUCCAGGUUUGCUGGAUAUAGAUGUAUGUGGUGAAGGGGAAACACUGUUGAAGAAAUGGGCUCUGUACAGCUUUCAGGAUGGUGAAGAACACCAAAAAAUACUACUUGAUGACUUACUUAAAAAGGCUGAAGAAGGUGACCUUUUGGUAAAUCCAGAUCAACCAACACAUACCAUUCCAAUAGCUCAGAUUGCUCCUGAUCUGAUAUUGGCUGAUUUACCUAGAAAUAUUAUGUUGAACAAUGAUGACCUGGAAUUUGACGAAGCUCCUGAAUUUCUCUUGGGUGAUGGUGGGUUUGGAUCUGUGUAUCGUGCGUCCUAUGGUGGAGAAGAGGUUGCUGUAAAGAUCUUUAAUAAACAUACUUCCCUCAGGCUCCUAAGACAGGAGCUUGCCGUGCUUUGUCACCUCCAUCACCCCAGUUUAGUGUCUCUGCUGGCUGCUGCAAUCCGUCCCCGGAUGCUGGUGAUGGAAUUAGCCCUUAAAGGAUCUCUCGAUCGUUUGCUUCAACAGGACAAUGCAAGUUUAACGAGAACACUUCAGCACAGGAUAGCUCUACAUGUAGCUGAUGGUUUAAGGUACCUGCAUUCAGCAAUGAUCAUCUACCGUGAUUUAAAGCCUCACAAUGUGUUGCUCUUUACCCUCUAUCCCAAUUCAGCUAUUAUUGCAAAAAUAGCUGACUAUGGCAUUGCCCAGUAUUGUUGCCGAAUGGGAAUAAAAACCUCUGAAGGCACACCAGGGUUUCGAGCACCAGAGGUUGCCAGAGGAAAUGUUAUUUACAAUCAGCAAGCUGAUGUUUAUUCAUUUGGUUUGCUGCUUUAUGACAUUUUAACAGGAGGAGGUAGAAUAAUGGAAGGGUUGAAGUUUCCAAAUGAAUUUGAUGAAUUAGCAAUACAAGGAAAGUUACCAGAUCCUGUCAAAGAAUAUGGGUGUGCCCCCUGGCCUAAAGUUGAAAAUCUAAUUAAACAGUGUUUGAAGGAAAACCCUCAGGAACGACCAACAUCUUCCCAGGUUUAUGAGAUCCUGAAUUCAGCAGAGCUCAUCUGUUUGAUGAGGUAUGUUUCUAUACCCAGCACGUCCACAGCAGAAUGCAUGGUAGCUGCCAAUCAAAUCUGCAAGAAGGCAGGAGUCUGGAUAGGCAAUGGGAACACAGAAAGAGCACAGCUUUCGUUUGUUAAUCUAAAUACAGAUGGACACACUUGUGAGGACAUUGCAGAUAGUAAAAUUUUAAGUUUGACCUUAGUGACCCUUCCCACUGAGAAAGAAAACUGGAUUGUAGCAGGAACCCAGUCUGGUUCUCUGUGGGCAGUUAACACAGAAGAUGAAACAAGAAGGCAUCGUCUGCAGAAAAUGUCAGAUUCCAUCACUUGUUUAUACUGUAAUUCUCUUUCAAAGCAAAGCAAACAGAAGAAUUUCUUCUUGGUAGGCACAGCUGAUGGCAGACUGGCAGUUUUUGAAGACAGAGCAGUAAAGUGUAAGGGUGCUACACCUUUGAAGAUACUAACUAUAGGAAAUGUUAGCACACCACUGAUGUGCUUAAACGAAUCCUCAUACUUGUCUGAAAGAAAUAUGAUCUGGGGAGGCUGUGGAACAAAGAUCAUUGCCUUAACUAGUGAUUUCUCUGUUCAAAAGCUCAUUGAAACAAAGACAAGUCCGCUAUUCUGUCAUAAUGCUUACAGUGAUGCAAAUAUUAUUUCAAUAGCAAUAGACAAAUCCAUCUACUUGGCAAAGAAAGACAGCCAUUUUGUGGAAAUCUGGGACAAGAAGACAGAAAAACUUUCAGAACUAAUUGACUGUGCACAUUUUCUUAAGGACAAAGUGGAAAAACUAAAUACAGAAUCAAAACACAAACUGGCUUAUUCUGGAAGAGUAAAGACAAUUUGCCUGCAAAAAAAUACUGCACUGUGGAUAGGGACAGGAGGAGGACAUAUCUUGCUGCUUGACUUAUCAACACGUCGUCCUGUACGAGUUAUAGACAACUUCUGUGAUUCUGUUAGAGUCAUGAUAACAGCUCAGCUAGGGAGUCUCAAGAAAGCAGUCCUGGUUUUGGGAUAUUGCUAUAAAAGUGACACUGGAGACAACAAAUAUCACAAAGAAUUACAAUCCUGCGUGUCAGUGUGGGACAUUAACUUGCCCCAUGAAGUGCAAAACCUGAAGAAACAUAUAGAAAUGAGACAAGAAUUAGCAGAAAAAAUGAAGAGCUUUUCUUUAGACUGA